AUGAAACGUCCUUCAGCUACUAUUGGUAUUGCUACUGUUCAUAGAAAUGGUUUAAUUCAAUCACCAAUGGGUUUAAAUAAUAAUUCGUCAUCGUUGAUUAGACAACCUCCAAAUAAAAUGGCAAAAUUGGAAUCGGAUGAUGGAAAUAAAAGUGGUAUUUUGAUUGGAAUUGCUGUUACAUCAACGUCGACAUCGUCGACAACUUCCUCUACCUCUUCUACUACUUAUCAACAACAACAAACUCCUUCACUUUCAGUUAUUUCAAGUAUUGAACGUUCAAAUAAUAAUAUUGAUAAUAAAUCGACAACAAUUUUACAGCAAAAUAAUAAUUUGUUAUUUAAUAAUAUUAAAAAGAAUAAUGAUUGUGCAGGUGGGGGAGGUGGAGGAGGAAUGAUUGAUGGUCUUUCAUCCAUUUCAAAUGGUGGUUCAUCAAUUAAUUUACAACAAAAAUUGUUGUCUUCCUCACAAGAAUCAUUACAACAAGCAUUACAAAAAAAUCCAGAAUUGGCAUUUAAUUUGCAAUCCUUUGCUUCUCUAUAUUCCAUCGACCCAGUUUUAAUGGCUCAAGCAGCGUCAAAUCUUUCAGCAGGGUUUCCUUCUCUUCAAAAGCUAGCCCCAACAGAUCUCCAAAGACUUGUCAAUAAUCAAUCUUCUUCAACCUUUCCUCAAGGCUUGCCAUUAGCAUCACAAUUGGCUGCUUCUUUGGCUGCCUCUCAAACAUUAACAACCACAACAACAACUUCAAAAUCUCAUCAAAAUAGUUUGCCUCAACAACAACAACAAAACAUUCCAUUUAAAAAUCGUCGUUGGUGUAAUAUGCAUGCUGUAAUAGCCCAUGAAAUAGCUAAACACCAAGCAAGCACAACAACCAAAAAAUCAUCCACCUCUUCUUGUGUCGGGCGUGCUCCUUCCACUAAUUCCACAUUAACAACAACCCCAACAAUUGGAAUUGCUGGUAGACACGCUACUUUUUGUAGUGGUAGUGGAAGUAGUAGUGGUAGUGGAGGUGGUGGAGGAAAAAUGGAAAGAAAAUCUGGAUUAGCGGCAUUACAUAAUACAUUACAACAGAGAGGGAAAAGAGAAAAAUAG